AUACACAAAUACACACGCGCGAUGAUAGCUAUAAUAUGAGUAUCGUCUUAUCUCGGCUGACGGCCGAUCGCAGUCAGCUGAUUUUGGCAGCCGCGCGAGAAUUGGAGCAAACGUCAAUUUCGCGACUCCGUUACGUGCGUGACGUACCAUACGUCAUAAGUACCUCAAUGAGAGUGUCGUCGACAUUGUGACAUCCGUUGACGCCGCUUUAUUACCCAUAUUAAUCGCGCUCGCGCGUACGACGUUCCGAUUUCCAUGUAUGCACAUGCAAGUGACGGGCCGCGACUCCGUGUGGGAGGAGAGAUAUCUAUGUCUGUGUGUAUGUGUGUUUAGGCCCGCGCUCUCGUAUAGUUCAGUUGGUUAUUGACACAUUGCCAAUAUGGCGGUAAAGUGAAAAAGGCCUGUGUGUGCAGCAUGCAUCGUGAUCUCAUUCUCGCGCAGUGAGAAUUUUCCCAGGUUUGAUCUAAGACCUGUAACUGGCAGCUAUAAUCAUGAUGCCAAGUUUACGGAAGAAAGUUGCUGGUUUCAUGCGCCAACUAUCUAUUAGCAACUUGGCUGGGGCUGUGGAGAGUAUAGGCCUCGGGGAGCAGUCGCUUCAAAGCCCGCAAUCUCAGGAAUUUGGUGGCUGUUUCAUCACACGCUAUCUUAAUGGAUUAGAAACAAAACAAGAAGGACCAUCAAUUUUACAUGGUCGAAAUCCAGAAGAAUUGCCGAGUAGACAACUCGACAAUUUUCAGGAAAAUGAAAGAAUAUUUGCAGCUUAUACUGGUCCCGAUAGUGGUCUUACAGCAGUCAAUCUUCAACAGAAACACUUAAGUAUUAAUGAUAGUGAUAUAGAUUACAUUGAUAUGCUAGAUCAAAAUGAGCAGUAUAGAAGUGGUGAGUUUAAAAUAGUGAAAUUAAUGAAAUAUAUAUAUUUGUUUUUAUAUCGUUAUAAAAUACAAAACUUUACAGGAUCAACAACAACAAAUAUUAAAAUUGCUGGAGUUACCGAUUGGUUCAGUCCUCAUGAGAAUGCAUAUGGAAUUGCAACUACAUUAUAUGAGAAGAAUCCUACAAAUAAUACUAACAAUGGAGAACCAAUAGCUGACUGUUUCGGCAUUGUGGCAAGACCAAACUCUGCCAUAUUAGCUCUUGCAGAUGGUGUCAAUUGGGGUACAAAAGCAAGUAUAGCAGCCAGAUCUGCGGUUCAUGGAAGUAUAGAGUACUUGAACCAGGCUCUGUUCUGCCCGUCUAUAAAUAGCGAAAUGACAACAACAAAGGAUGUAUUUAUAGCAUUACUUCGUUCAUUCCAUGCAGCGCAUUCACUGAUUCUUCAAGAACAAGGAAUGCUCACUACCUUAACAGUAUGCACAAUCCUUCCACUGCCAAGUCCAAGUACUGAUACAAAUAUAUGCCAGAAAAAAUAUAUUGCCUGUACCUGCAAUGUUGGUGAUAGUUUAGCUUAUGUAUACUCAAGGAAAACUGGUGUGAGAGAGAUAACACGAGGAUCUCACGACAUUCACUGCAUGCGAGAUAUGCGAGAUGCCUUAGGAGCUCUAGGUCCAGUAGAUGGCUCUAAUCCUGAAUUGAAUAAUUUAACACUGGCGAUAACGGAAGUUGAAAGAGACGAUAUAGUAUUUUUGACAAGCGAUGGAAUUUCAGAUAAUUUUGAUCCUGUGGUGGGAAAAUUUGCUGUUUUACCUAAUUACAGUAGCAGUGCUGACGCAAUGCUAAAAAGUUAUGAUGCAAGAUCAAAAACACGUCGAAAAUCUACAGAAAAUAUCCGACACACAGAGUCAAGUAAUAGUAAUAAUGUGAAUAGCAACAAUCUACCAGUAGUUGAAGCUUAUCAAAGACAUGAACUCACACUACUCAGGAUGGAAGAUCUAUUAAGACGUGGAGUUUCUGGAGAAGGACCGCCAUGCAAUAGUGCCAAACAUCUGUGCGAACUUCUUUUAGAUUUUGCAGUGCGUAUAACUGCUGCAAAAAGACGGAUUUUAGAAGACACAGACUUAUAUUAUGGACAACAUAAAGAUGGUCAAUUGAUACAACUCUCAAAGCUAGAACAAAGAUCUCGAAGAAAAAAGACAUUAGAAAAGAUAUCUAUGAUACCUGGCAAGCUAGAUCAUGCAACGGUCGUAGCUUAUGUAGUUGGAUCCUAAAAUUCUUCAAAGUGUAAUAUGUAUAAUCGAUAACAAUGAUAGAGUAUAGAUUUUACUUGUAUAGAAAUUAAUUGAAUUUUCUAUAUUUUUUUUCUAAUAGUUUUACUUGUAGUAAUAAAAAGAAAAUAUAUCUUUUACACAAGAGCCAAUAUAUGAAACUAUCUAUAUUCCACUUAUUGUUAGCAAAUCUUGCGAAAUUAUUUAGAUAAAAUAAAAUGUACAUAAAUAUACCUAA